AUGGAGCUACCUCGUCGGAUCGAACCUGGCUGGGGGAGCGCAUCCAAACAGACCCAAAGCGAGAAUACUGCAGCCCCCAAGUCUGAUGCACAGCUAAUGCUUGAGAAUGUUCUACAGGGAACUACCCAAUCUAUGGAGCAGUCCGCUGAGUCGGCCAAUAAACCCCAGGAUGCUAAGCCUCGUCUGAUGCUGAUGGGCCUGCGUCGGAGCGGCAAGUCAUCGAUCGCUAGCGUGGUCUUCCACAAAAUGCCACCCAACGAGACUCUUUUCCUGGAAUCGACGACCCGGAUCCAGAAGGAUUCAAUCCACUCGUUCAUGGACUUUCAGGUCUGGGAUUUCCCUGGUCAGCUGGAGUACCUAGAGCCGUCUUUCGAUCUGGAAAGCAUCUUCGGAAGUUUGGGCGCGCUGGUCUGGGUCAUUGACGCUCAAGACGAUUACAUGGAAUCGGUGGCGCGUCUCAAUCGCACGAUCUUAACCGUUCAGCAGUACUAUCCGAACAUCAACAUCGAGGUCUUCAUUCACAAGGUCGACGGUAUCACCGAUGAAUACCGCACCGACACAUUCCAGGAUAUUGUCCAGCUCAUUUCGGACGAGCUCAGUGAUGCGGGGUACGAAAAUGCUCCGGUUCAUUACUACCUGACCUCCAUCUACGACUACUCCGUCUUUGAGGCCUUCAGUAAGGUCAUUCAGAAACUCAUUCCCAACCUGUCUACGUUGGAGAAUCUGAUCAACACCUUGUCCAACAAUUGCGGAUUUGAAAAGACCUAUCUUUUCGACGUUCUCAGCAAGAUCUACAUUGCGUCCGACACCCGUCCGGUUGACAUGUCCUGCUAUGAGAUGUGCUCCGACUAUAUUGACGUUAUUGUGGACAUUUCGGAGCUGUACUCCUGGGAUCACCCCGACCGCAAGGCCAAGGGCGAGCAGAAUCAGGAGGCAGAAAGCCACGCUGUUUUGCACGAUGAUACGAUGAUCCACCUCAUGGAGAUGAACAAGUAUCUUUGUCUUGUUUCCGUUAUCCGGAACCCCGAGUCGAAGGAUAAAAAGGGCCUUAUCGAUAUGAAUUGCCGUACCUUCCAGGAAGCUCUCAAUGAUGUCUUCUCCCGCAGCUGGGAGCAGGACCAGGAAGAACCCGGAGUGGUGACCGAGGAGUAA